AUGAAACAAAAUGGAUUGAAACCCACAACAGUUACUUACACUAUUCUAUUAAGGGGACUAUACAGAGAUGGAAGAAUGAAGACUGCACAGAGGUUUCUUAAUGAGAUGCAGUCUUUUGGUUUAUCUCCAAAUGAAGUGACAUACACUACCAUGUUGGAUGGUCUCUGCAAGAAUGGAAAAAUGAAGGAGGCAAUAGAAUUGUUUGAAUCCAUGGAAGGUGCAGGAAUCUCAGCUAUUAAUUACAGGUACAGCAUUCUUAUUCAUGGUUUGUCUCAGGUUGGCCGGUUGGAAGAUGCAAGAAAACUGUUUAAUGGGAUUCCAAACAAAGGAUUUGUUCCUGAUGUAGUAACAUAUACCACAAUGAUCCACGGCCUCUGCUGCAACAAGAUGUUAUUGGAGGCUGAAAAACUAAUCAUGGAAAUGGAAGAGAAAGGUUGUUUACCAAAUGCUCGAACAUAUGAUAUUGUCAUUCGGGCUCUUCUUAUAGCAAAGGAGACUGACAAGGCAUUGCAUUUUCUUCGCAAGAUGCGUGAAAAUGAAUUUGCACCGAGUGAUUUUGUUGUUUUCCUUUUUAAUGUACACUCUUUCAGCAGAUGA